AUGGAGGAGACGUGGGAAAUGGAGUGCCCGCUGCUCAAGAGGCUGCUGAAAGACGACGCGGGCGCAAACAAAGUGCUGAUCCUGGACUGCAGGUCUUUUCUCGCCUUCAGCGCCGGGCACAUACGCGGGUCGGUGAACGCGCGCUGCAACACGAUCGUGCGCAGACGGGCCAAAGGGUCGGUGCUGAGUCUGGACCAGGUGUUGGCCGGGGACGAGGAGGUGCGAGUCAAGCUCCGCUCCGGGAUGUACUCCGCUGCGGUGCUGUACGACGAGAGGACCCCGGAUGUGGACGCGGUGAAGGAGGACAGCACCGUGACGCUUGUGUCCAACGCGCUGUGCAGGGAUUCCGCAGGCACACGCGUUUACCUGCUCAAAGGAGGCUACGACAGGUUUUUCUCAGAAUACCCAGAAUUCUGUCUGUCGUCCAGAUCGUUACAUUCGCUCACCAGUCAGUCUAGUGUGGACUCGGCCUGUUCUUCAUGCGGGACGCCUCAACACGACCAGGGCGGCCCGGUGGAGAUCCUCCCGUUCUUGUACCUCGGCAGUGCCCUUCACGCCUCCAAGAAGGAAGUUCUGGACGCCACCGGUAUCUCGGCCCUUCUCAACGUGUCCGCCGACUGCCCCAACCACUUCGAGGGCGCGUACCAGUACAAGUGCAUCCCGGUGGAAGACAACCACAAGGAGGACAUCAGCUGCUGGUUCCUGGAGGCCAUCGAGUUCAUCGACUCGGUGCGGGACUCCAGGGGGCGCGUGCUGGUCCACUGCCAGGCCGGCAUCUCUCGCUCGGCCACCAUCUGCCUGGCGUACCUGAUGAAGAGGAAGCGGGUGCGUCUGGAUGAGGCCUUCGAGUUUGUGCGCAGGCGUCGCAGCAUCAUCUCCCCCAACUUCAGCUUCAUGGGUCAACUCCUGCAGUUCGAAUCCCAGGUCCUCGCCACCUCCUGCGCCGCUGAGGCCGCCACCACCGCCAGCCCCUUGCUAGGCCCCAAGUCCGCCGCCAACACGUCAGCCGCGGCCACGCCCACUUCGCCGUUCAUCUUCAGCUUUCCCGUAUCGGUGGUCAACCCCGUUUACCUGCAUCACAAUCCCAUCACGACGUCUCCCGGAUGCUGA